AUGCCGCCUCCACGUCCAAAAGUACCGCCACCGCGGCCCAAUCCCUUGAGGAAUAUGAAGCCGAUUAAAGCACCUACUGCACUCUCUCGAAAAGCUGCCAUGGGUGCCGCAAGAGGUAGAGCAAGACCCGCCUGUCCAAAUCCUCAAUGUAAUAAACCUCAAAUCGAAGAUGGUGUAUGUCAUAACUGUGGUACUGUGGUUGAUGAUUCAAACAUUGUCUCGGAAAUUCAAUUUGGAGAAAGUAGCAGUGGUGCUGCAGUUGUUCAAGGAAGUCAUGUUGGUGCAGAUCAAGGUGGUGCACAAACUUUGGGACCGGCCUUUAGAAGAGCUGGUGGUGGUGAAAGUAAUAAGGAGAAUACUCUUCGCGAGGGAAAACGUAUCAUGCAAGCUUUAGCAAAUCAACUUGCGAUCUCGGACAAUGUCGUCGGUGUCGGUCAUCAAAUCUUUAAACUUGCAUCAAUGAACAAUUUUAUUCAAGGUCGAAGAACGGAUCUUGUUGCUGCUGUUUGCUUGUACAGUGCGUGUAGAAAGGAGACACCAUGCAGAGUCAUGCUUAUUGAUUUUGCCGAUAAAUCGCAGGUCAAUGUUUUCGCACUCGGUCGAUAUUUCAAAUCCCUUCACAAACAAAUUUCUUUGGCUACAGAUGGCAUUUUACCCGUUCUUCCCGAAGAUUUGAUCUGGAAAUUCGCUUCUAAGCUCGAAUUUUACGAACAAACCGAAAAGGUCGCCGACGAUGCAGUUCGUAUGGUUCGAAGAAUGAGUUUGGAUUGGAUGGUCAUGGGAAGAAGACCUUCUGGUGUUUGUGGUGCUUGUCUAAUUUUAGCGGCACGAAUGAAUAACUUUCGUCGAACCGUCACCGAAGUCGUUUAUGUCGUUAAAGUCACAACAGCAACUAUUCAAAAGCGUUUGGAGGAAUUCAAGAGAACGCCAAGUAGUGCUCUCACGGUUGAAGAGUUUCUCAACAACGAGUUCUUAGAAUCCGCUCACGAUCCUCCUUCCUUCUACAAAAAGUCCGAAGCGUACCUCAAAGAAAUGGCCGACAAGAAUAAAAAACGUAAGCGCAAGGGUAAGGUUGGAGCAAAUGAGAAUGAUGACGAAGAAAGUAAUUCGGCCGAGGAGAAUGAAGGAAGCAACAAGAGACAAAAGUCUACAUCUGGAGCUCCAGUACCACCAGCCGAAGUUCGACGCGAUGCUGAUGGAUUUGCUAUACCCGCCAUUCCUUCUCCCAAGGACCAAAAUAUCGAUCCUCGACUUUUGGACGAUGCCAUCGAAGAUGAAUCGGGCACAUCGUUUAACAGACUUGUCGCUGAAUUUGGUGACGUUGUACCCGCUGACGCAGACGCGGCCAACGAGCUCAUUGACGAAAUUACCGAUGAAAUCGCAGAAGCCGCCGGUGCUCCCAAGAAAGGACCCGGUCGCCCACGAAACGAUGAACCCCCUCCAGAGAUGCCCGCGGAAUGGCUCGCAAUAGAAGAUGAACUAGAACAACAAAUUACCGAAAUGGUUUCCGACCCACAUACUCAAGAGCAUGCCGUCAGCUUCGCCCGAGCUCAAAAGAAAGCACACUACCACCUUCUCCUCGCGGAAAGUCUGCACCCCCAAAAGUAUGUUAGCAUGGAUACUCUUAUCGGCGAGGACGAAUUUGCCGAAGACGAAGAGGUCAUGAAUUGCGUAUUACCCGAUGCUGAAGUCGCUAAGAAGGAACAAAUUUGGCUCAAUGCAAACAAAGAUUGGCUUCGCAAACAACAACAAAAGGAUUUCGAAAAGAGAAAGGCAGCGAUGGGUCCACCAAAAGCCACCAGACAGAGAAAGAAGAAACCAAGGAUCGGAGAAGGUCAAACUAGUGCAGCGAGUACACCAGCAGAGGCGGCGGUCAAUGCCAUGAAGGAGAGAAGUUGGAGUAAAAAAAUUAAUUAUGAAGCUAUCCGAGAUAUCUUCAAGACCGUGGGAACUAGAUCCGGCCCGGGUAGUUUGGCGACGAGUAAAGUUACUAGUAGAUCUGGAUCUACGGCUCCUGGUUCGGUUGCCGGUAGUGUUGUUGAUGGUGGUGGUGGUGAGGAAAUGGUAGAUGGGGUUGAUGAUGAAGAUUUCAGACAGCCAAGUGAGGCACCCGCGGGUGGUGAUGGUGAUGGGGAUGAGGAUGCUUAUGAUGAGGAGAAUUAUGAUGAGGAUGAGGGGAUGGGGAUGGGUGAUAUCGAUGAUGCGGAUUUGUAUAGUUGA